CAGACGGGACGACUGACCAACCCCACGACAUCCAUCGCAACCCAUAGCGCCAGCCAGCCUGACGACAACAAUCGCAGCACCGAACGACAUUACCAACACCACAAAUCAACACUCGACAAUCGCCAAUCGGUUCGGUUUCGACGACUUCCUCUCUUCUUCCAUACCCACCAGCGCAAUACACGGCGCAUACUCAAUCAACUUCACAAAGAAACAGAACAAUGGCCGAUAGAGGAAAUAGGGGAGGCCGUGGUGGCGGCUACCGGGGCGGUCGCGGAGGUAACCGUGGAGGAGCAGGUGGUUCUGGCUCCGGCGCCGGUGGAGGUCAGGGAGGCGGUGGUGCUCAGGGCGGUGACCGCGGUGAGCGCCCUAAGAAGGAAAACAUCCUCGACCUCAAGAAGUAUAUGGACCAGCGCAUCACUGUCAAGUUCAACGGUGGACGUGAAGUUACCGGUACGCUCAAGGGAUAUGAUGCGCUUAUGAACUUGGUUUUGGAUGAUGUGCAGGAAGCUGUGAGAGACGAAGAAGGCAACGAAACCACCCGUCCUCUAGGACUUGUUGUUGCGCGCGGUACGCUCCUCGUUGUGAUCAGCCCCGUCGACGGAAGCGAGGUGAUUGCGAACCCCUUCGCUCAGCAGGAGGAAGAAGCUUGAGCAGAAGGGAAUGCUCGUCUGGACAAAGUAAAACUGCAUCAUUUUCGAAACAUUAUACCAACUUGGGGAUCUGAACGCCAUCCCGUCAUGCUCGUAAACCGAGCGAUACCGCAAUUGGACGAGACGACAAUUUUGACGAAGGAAAACGGGGCAGGACAGUGAGAAGGAACACCAGGACAGAAACCUGAAAGGUUGAGAGAAGUCUAACAAUAUGUUAUGAUAUCCGCCCCACUCAAGGAUAGGACGGUGCAACAAGGGAAACAUUGCUGAGUUGGGUGAGCAAACACCCAGUGUCGAGCAUGAAGGAACACAAGUCGGCCCCAGCUACCAACGAUACCCACCAGAGGGACUGUAAGAACAGGGGUUGGCUACAUCGAGAAGAAACACACAUGCAGCUGGUUGCCCUGAGUUAUGGUAAACGUCCAGCCAACGCCGUUAUUGACGAGUGGGGGAAUCUAACUGGAAAUCAAGCCAGAAGGCAACAUAUGCCUGUUCAAGAACGUCCCUUGGCUCCAUGAACUCUCGAGCAGCGGCAAGUUUUCUCAUUCAGUAUCUCCUAGUGGAAUGAGAACGCUUGGGAAGAUAACGAAUAGUUCGGCUCACCGCAUACAUAUGCCAGUUGUUUUCAGCCCACAUCCUGCUCUGGGACGGAAUUGGGCACGUGUUCUGAGUCUGUUUUCUAGUUCGCUAUCUAACAUGAUCUGCUCAUCGCUGUUAACCACUUUCCACCACUUAGU